AUGCCAAUCGUGAUGGCGCACAUCAUCGAUGAAUGGGGGGUGCGCAUGGUGGUGCUGUUGGCCCUCGGGCAGCAGAAGGCGAUGCUCCAGCCAAACGGGGGCGUACUGGCGGCGCCCCACGUCAACGCGGCGCUGCAGCGGCUGGAGGGGCUGGACGUGGCCCGCCCGGCGGAGCCGGAGGGCAUCGACGACACAACCGAUGCAGCCGAGGUCAAUGCCGCCAUCGAGCGACUGGCGGCCACGUGCGUGCAGCAGAUGCCGCAGGUGUGA